AUGGUCUUGGAUGUGUGUCUAGAAAGAGAGAUUUGGAUGAGUUUCAUAAGGUUGAAGAAGCUUGUUGUAGAAGAUGUGAAGAUGGUCGAGAUCAAUCUGAGAGUGCUUCUUGUUCAGUUCCGCUGCGAUCACAUAGUUGCUUCUAGAACUGCUACCAUAUCAAAAAGAGAUUGUUAUGUGCGUACGACAAGCUUAGAUCUUGUUUAUUGGCGACAGCGGUACCUUUUUGAUGAUGGGACAGCUUCUUCUGAGCCUCCGUCAUCUACUGUCCGUGGCUUUUUCAAGGUGGUUUUCACUUCUAUGUAG